AUGGCCAAAAAAGCCAAAUCCCGCACUAUCGCCGUUCGCCUUCUGAGCAUGGCCAUGACCGGUUACUAUAAGACCCUUGUCCGACCUCGCGCAAGCAGACCGCUCAGCAUGCUCAAAUACGAUCCAGUCGUCAAGAAAAAGGUUUUGUUCCUCGAGGUUAAACGGGGCAAAUAG